AAAGGUGGAAAUAUUUUUUUUUGGCCAAAAGCUAUUUUCUGCUCGACGAGUAUAUAAAGUGAAGCACGGCACCUUAAUCCAAGCUUAUUUCAUAUAUCCGCUUUAGAAAGAUCCGUAAUUGAAAGAAAAGCCGAAAAGAUCGAUGUCGCAAAUUCGAGUGACGAUGGAGGUCGGAAACGACGGCGUUGCAGUUAUCGCCAUCUCCGAUCCUCCCGUUAACGCCUUAGCUAUUCCCACUAUUGCGGGAUUGAAGGAGAAAUUUCAUGAGGCGACGAGGAGAAGCGAUGUCAAAGCUAUUGUUCUAACCGGCAAGGGAGGAAGGUUUUCUGGUGGUUUUGAUAUCAAUGUUUUCCAGAAAGUUCACGAAACCGGUGAUGUAUCGAUUAUGCCCGAUGUAUCCAUUGAUCUUGUUGUUAAUGCUAUUGAAGAUUGCAAGAAGCCUGUUGUGGCAGCUGUUGAAGGAUUGGCUCUUGGAGGUGGCUUAGAAUUGGCAAUGGGUUGCCAUGCACGUAUUGCUGCCCCUAGAGCUCAACUUGGCUUGCCAGAAUUGUCACUUGGAGUGAUUCCUGGGUUUGGAGGCACACAACGUCUUCCAAGGCUUGUAGGGCUGUCAAAGGCCAUUGAAAUCAUGCUGUCAUCCAAACCAAUCAUGUCUGAAGAAGGGAAGAAACUAGGUCUUAUUGAUGCUCUUGUCCCUUUUGAAGAGUUGCUGAAGGUUUCUCGCAAAUGGGCUUUGGACAUUGCAGAGAGACGUAAACCAUGGUUGCGUUCCCUUCACAGAACGGACAAGAUUGGAUCCCUCUCUGAAGCACGGAAGGUGUUAAAAAUUGCAAGACAACAAGCCAAAAAGACUGCCCCUAAUUUGCCUCAGCAUCAGGCAUGUCUAGAUGUAAUUGAGGAAGGCAUUGUACAUGGGGGAUAUAAUGGAGUUCUACAGGAGGCCAAAGUUUUUAAAGAGUUAGUUCUUUCAGACACUGCAAAAGGUCUUGUUCAUGUGUUCCUUGCCCAGCGUGCUACAUCAAAGGUGCCAAAUGUUACUGAUGUUGGUCUAAAACCAAGGCAAACAAAGAAAGUUGCUAUUAUUGGUGGAGGCCUAAUGGGCUCUGGAAUUGCUACGGCUCUUAUUGUGAGCAAUAUAUUUGUUGUUCUCAAGGAAGUUAACUCUGAAUAUCUCCUGAAAGGAAUAAAAAUGAUUGAAGCAAAUAUUCGAGGUUUAGUGGCUAAAGGAAAAUUGACAAAUGAUAAGGCAGAAAAAGCUCUCUCAAUGCUUAAAGGAGUUUUGGAUUACACUGAAUUUAAAGAUGUAGACAUGGUCAUAGAGGCUGUUGUUGAAAAUGUCCCAUUAAAGCAAAAAAUAUUUAGUGAGAUAGAGAAGGCCUGCCCUCGUCACUGCAUUUUGGCAACAAACACAUCCACUAUUGACCUCAAUUUAAUUGGAGAAAAAAUAAAAUCACAAGAUCAUGUUAUAGGAGCUCACUUUUUCAGUCCUGCCCAUGUGAUGCCUCUUUUGGAGAUUGUAAGAACACAAAAAACUUCCCCACAAGUAAUUCUUGAUCUUAUGACAGUUGGGAAAGUAAUAAAGAAAGUUCCUGUUGUGGUUGGUAAUUGCACCGGCUUUGCAGUCAAUCGGACAUUCUUCCCCUAUGGGCAAGGUGCACAACUAUUGGUCAAUUUAGGUGUUGACGUGUUCAGAAUUGACCGGGUGAUCAGCAAUUUUGGCCUUCCUUUUGGUCCUUUCCAACUUCAAGACUUAGCUGGCUAUGGAGUGGCCUUGGCAGUUGGGAAAGAAUAUGCAAAGGCAUUCCCAGAUCGAAUAUUCAAAUCUCCAUUGGUUGAACUUUUGGUGAAAAAUGGACGAAAUGGGAAAAACAAUGGGAAAGGAUACUAUAUUUAUGAGAAGGGAAGCAAGCCAAAACCUGAUCCUUCAGUGUUACCUAUUAUUGAGGAGUCUAGACAGCUUACCAAAAUUAUGCCUGGUGGAAAGCCUAUAUCAGUUACUGAUAAAGAAAUUCUGGAGAUGAUACUCUUCCCAGUAGUUAAUGAGGCAUGCCGGGUUCUCCAUGAAGGGAUCGUGGUUCGAGCAUCUGACUUGGAUAUUGCAUCUGUUCUUGGAAUGAGCUUCCCAUCUUAUCGUGGUGGUAUAGUAUUUUGGGCAGAUACGGUAGGGGCAAACCAUGUAUAUAAAAAUCUAAAAAGAUGGUCGGAAAUUUAUGGCAACUUCUAUAAACCAUCAAAGUUUUUGGAAGAAAGAGCCAUUAAGGGCAUCCCAUUGAGUGCGCCAGCAACGUCAUCUCCAUCAUCAAGGCUCUAAGGCUUAUGAAAGUUCAAAUUCACCCAGUCCUUAAGCCAGCUGUGUGGUAGUGGAUGGUAAUAAAAUUAAUAAGAAUUUGGUUUCAAAUAUAAUUGUGUCUUCCAAUCGUUACUAUCUGAGAAACUCCGAAUGGUUUAAAAGCAA